UUGCACUUGCCAACAUGAGUGCAGAUGCUGAGCACCUCCCCGCAGGUGCACUGGCGGUGAGUGUCCCCAUAUGGACGGCUUCUGAGGUGCCCCCCAACACCAGUGCCUCGCUGGUGGAUGUUGGCUGGCAAGGGGAGGCAGAGUGGGGCGGGAAGGCAGGAGAGAUUGCGGGUAUGGUGGUCAUACAGUGCAUCUAUGCCCUGGUGUGUCUGCUGGGGCUGCUGGGCAAUUCCCUGGUGAUCUUUGUCAUCCUGCGCUACGCAAAGAUGAAGACAGCCACCAACAUCUACUUGCUCAACUUGGCCAUUGCUGACGAACUCUUCAUGCUCAGCAUCCCCUUCGUAGCCACAUCAGCUGCCUUGCACCAUUGGCCCUUUGGCCGGGCCUUGUGCCGUACUGUGCUGGGUGUAGAUGGGCUCAACAUGUUCACCAGCGUCUUCUGCUUGACUGUGCUCAGCCUGGACCGCUACAUCGCUGUGGUGCACCCGCUCCGAGCGGCCACCUACCGCCGGCCUCGGGUGGCUAAGAUGGUCAAUGGGGGCGUGUGGCUGCUCUCCUUGCUGGUAGCCUCGCCCAUUCCCAUCUUUGCUGGCACCGCCACCACCCAUGAUGGCCAAGCAGUGGCCUGCAACCUGUUGUGGCCAAGCCCAGCCUGGUCAGCUGCUUUUGUGGUCUACACCACGCUGCUGGGUUUCCUGCUGCCCGUGCUAGCCAUGGGCCUGUGCUACCUGCUCAUUGUGGGCAAGAUGCGGGCAGUGGCACAGCGCGUGGGCUGGCAGCAGCGACGGCGCUCCGAGGGCAAGCUCACGCGGCUGGUGCUCAUGGUGGUGGCCAUGUUCGUGGUGUGCUGGAUGCCCUUCUACGUGGUACAGCUGGUGAACCUCCUGCUGCCAGGCCGCCUGGAUGCCACUGUGAACAACGCCUCGCUCAUCCUCAGCUAUUCCAACAGCUGCGCCAACCCCAUCCUCUACGGCUUCCUCUCGGAGAACUUCCGGCACUCCUUCCACGGCGUGCUGCGGCGCUGCUUUGACAGCAGCCUCUGCUGCUGCCACACCGACUCGGAGGCAGCCGAGGAGGAGGAGGAAGAGGAGCCUCUUGACUACUGUGCCGCCCCGCGGGGCGAUGACAAGAGCAAGGGCUGCAUGUGCCCGACACUGCCCUGCCAGCAGGAGCCUGUGCACCCCGAGCCCUGUUGCAAGCCCGGCACCCUCCUCACGAAGACCACCACCUUCUGACACACCAGGAUCCAGAGGUGCAUCCCCGUCUGGCACCCUGCCUUGUCAUGGCCAAGUGAAGGACAAGCAAGUGCCAUGGAAAAUCCCUGCUCCUGCUGCAAGGAGAGACUCCAGCCUGCACGGUACCCCCAGUGUGAAAGGCACUCUUGCUGCUUCCUUUCCUUCUUUCCUCCUGCUUUGCGCAGACAUUGCAUGGCAGGUCUCCAGGAAUUACUUCUCCUGCAAGGACCUGUGGGAAGUCCUCCCAGGGAUAUCUGUUUUCCCUUUCUCCCUUCUACUGUGCUGUGCCGGACUCUCUGUGGAGUUCCAUCUGUCCUCACAUUUCUACCAGACCAGAGCAGCUGGAAGUACUGGGUCCAAACCUUGCAAGAGGUAAUCUCAUUGUGACUUUUCCAACUGUUUUCUCUGGGAAUAAGACCCAGCUCCAGACUGGUGUGUAAGAUACAAAGGACAGAGCCUUGUGACACCUCCUGGCCCUUGAGGGAGGCAGUCAGAGGGGCGAGCUGCAAGGACAGCAUGGGGACAACCACAGCUGCAUCUGCAGAGCGCGUGGGGGCCACACUGACCCAGCUGCACUGGGUUAUGUCCCCUCCUUGGCUUGGAUUUACACAAUGGGAGCUCUGC